AUGCCGCCGCCCCCGCCACGGUCGCCGGCGCGCAAGGCGCCCCCCGCGGGCCCGGCCGACGACGCGGGCGCGGGCCCGAGCAAGCAGACGCUGCGGCUGCUGCAGGCGGAGAUGAAGGAGAUGCGGGACCUGCACGCGGCGGAGAAGGGGGCGCUGCGCCGCGAGAGCGAGCAGCACCGGAAGCGCGCGCUGGGGCUGCAGCGCGAGCUCGAGCGCGCGCAGGUCCAGCUGCAGUCGCGCACGUCCGACGUGACCGCCCUCAAGGCGGCGCUCCGGACGCGGGAGGAGCGGGUGCAGAGCGCGGAGCGGCGCGCGGUGGAGACGGAGGAGGCGGCGCUGCGGGCGCGGCAGGCGACGGUGGAGAAGCUGUGCGCGGCGGAGGCGGAGCGCGACGAGCUGAAGACGCUGCUCCUCGCGACGCUGAAGCGGCUGGAGAGCGUCGAGGAGGCGGUGCAGCGGUCGGACGUGGCCGCGGCGGUGAUGACGGAGAAGCUGCGGACGCUCGAGUUCGAGCGCGAGAAGGCGCUGAACGUCGCGGCGGCGUCGCGCGAGGAGGCGUCGAUGCUGACGCAGGCGCACCGGCGGCUGGAGUCGGAGCUGGACAUGCUGCGGCGGCUCCAGGCGCAGGCGACGACGCGCAACGCCGCGCGCAAGGGGGCGCUGCGGGCGGCGCUGAACGACCAGAGCGGCGCGCGGGACCGGCUCCGGCGGGCGAUGGACGCGCUCGGGUGCGAGAGCGGCAGCGAUGACGCGUGCGCGUGCGGCGACGAGUCGAGCAGCGACUGCUCGCCGCUGGUGGGCCGCGGGGGACUCGCAAGCAGGAUGCCGCCCGCUCUGCGCGUCCGGCCGUGA